UUAAAUUUCUCAGUCGAAGCUUUACUUUCUAAGAGGAAAGAUGAUUUCCAGCUCGUUCGUCUGCCUGGGACUUUUGCUUUUAAUCCUGAGCUUUGCGGCAGCCAGUCAGGAUACUAAAGGAAAUACUUGCAUGAAAAAUGGAGGAUACUGCCAGACACAUUGGGAGUGCUGCUCCAGAAAAUGCAUGACCUAUCUCAACCAGUGCGCCAAGCGGAUCGGUUCCUCCUAUCCCUAUCCUCAGGGACACGAUUUUCCCCAUCCAAAUGGCUUAGAAAUUAGUGGACCAAAUGAACAAGCUAACAAAUACGAUGCCAGUUUGCAAAUUGUGGGCCUUCCCAAUGAGUCGAAGCCCUCGGGUAGCACUUUCGACAUUGUGCGCCAGAAUGAAAUUUCUGGGUCAACGGUGCCCUAUAAGUGCCGCAAUGUCGGCGAAACGUGCUACCGGGGUGAGGAAUGCUGUACAAUGCGCUGUCACUUCUACAUGCACAAGUGUGUCACAUGAGAAUAUUUAUUUUAAUAAUUAAAAUAUUAUGUAAUUUUAUGAAAUGCUUAAUCAUUAUACUUACUAAUCUCCUAUCCAAAUUAUACGAUCCUCUAUCCUCGUAGAAAAAUGAAAGAGCAUAAUAGAGUGAAAUAAAGUAUGCAUCGUUGUAGCACAGA